UCGAGCUCGCUUGAGUGCUGAUAGAAUUGCAGUUAGCCCUCCUGUAACUGCGGACAGCGAGGGGCUUUCUGGAAGUGAAUUUUCCGCAAAGUAAAAUAAAGCUAAAGCGUGACAUCGAGCGGUUCGUCACGCGCAACACACUGACAAUAAGCGGGAGUUUCGUUUCUACCUUUUAACUGUUAAAGAGACUCCGGAAUUAGAAGGAACAUCGGGUUAAACUGGCACAUGACAACAAAAUAUCACUGCUUUCUGUGAGAACGCGCAGUUUUGUUCUCGUUCGUGUAGCUGUCUUGAUCUGACAUAACGGCGUUUUGAUCAAAAGCCCCGCUGAAUGUGCUGUGGCUCUGGCAGUUCUUUUGUCACUACAGUGACUUGCUGCUUGUGAUGGUUGUGUGCGGUGACGUUGUGGAGCUUUGUCCGUGGCUAUUGGCGAGGUGCACUGGAGAGAUAGUUGUAUUACAUCAGUGCACCAAGUGAUUGGGAGUGCGACAUAGAGAGGAAGACUGCGGGAUCUGACCGUGUCUGAGUGAAUGCUGGAGAGGUGUUAAUGUUCGUUGAGAUUUGCACUAGUCGUUCAAGAAGCGUUGAGCCCCAGUUAGAAUAGAAGAGACGCAUUCAUGGAAUGCGACUGUGACCGCGUCCCACUGCUUAUCUAACUUUGAACUAGUGAGUACCGGGGGAGAGACGAAGGCUGGAAGAGGCGAUGACGGAAACAAGCCUGGAGCCACUGUCCGACCUGGACAUUGCCAUUGAUCCGGACUUUGAGCCGCAAACGCGCCCGAGAUCAUGCACUUGGCCGCUGCCGGAGUCCAGCUCGGUGAAGCCAGCGUUCCAUGACACUGACAUCAUCCCCGAGGAAGAGGAUGAGGAGGAUGACAGCGCAAUGGCAAUCAACGCCAAUGGCACGGGUGCAAGAGAGGACAGCGGCAGUCCAAGUCUGGCCGAAGGAUUGCUUGUCACAAGCGGUCAGGAGAACAUGGGUUCCCCACUCUCCUCUCAGUCCCCACCCGCGUCUACAUCGAGCCCGGGGGUGAGCGGUCAGGGCAGCCAACAGCAAACUCCCCGGAAGUCAUCCGCGCGUAGGAACGCCUGGGGCAAUCUGUCCUACGCAGACCUAAUUACUAAAGCCAUAGAGAGUGCCCCAGACAAGAGACUGACACUGUCCCAGAUCUAUGACUGGAUGGUCAGAAGCGUCCCCUACUUUAAAGACAAAGGCGACAGCAACAGCUCAGCUGGUUGGAAGAACUCCAUACGGCAUAAUCUGUCCUUGCAUAGCCGUUUCAUCCGUGUACAGAAUGAGGGAACUGGAAAGAGCUCUUGGUGGAUGAUCAAUCCUGAAGGGGGGCGGGGAGGCAAAGCACCAAGGCGACGUGCAGUCUCCAUGGACAAUGGUAACAAAUACACGAAGAGUGCACGAGGGCGUGCGGCCAAGAAAAAGGCAGCAUUGCAGGCUGCCCAAGAGGGUUCGCUGGAGAACGUAUCUGGUGGUGGUCUUUCCAAGUGGCCAGGAAGUCCCACUUCCCGCAGCAGUGAUGAACUGGAAACCUGUUGGACUGACUUCCGCUCACGAACUAACUCCAAUGCUAGUACCUUGAGUGGACGUCUGUCACCCAUUCUGGCCAACCCAGAGCUUGAUGAUGUCCCAGAUGGCCCACCCCUUUCCCCAAUGCUCUACUCCAGCCCCAGCAGCCUCUCUCCUCCCUCAUCCUCCUCGUCCAACUCCAAAACCUGCCCAGCUGAACUUCCAGGGCUAGCUGACCUGACUGGCACAAUGAACCUCAAUGAGGCUGACAACCUAAUGGACGAUCUGUUGGACAACAUCACCACACAAGUGCAGGCAGUUCAAGGAUCUUCCGCUUUCAAUUUUGGAUCCAAAAACACAACAUCUCCUCCUAGCUCCACUUCAUCCCAAACUGUGGGCAACAACAGUGGAGGAUUCAGUAUCAUCCUGCCUUCGACAGGAGGGCUACGUCAGACACCCAUGCAAACCAUCCAGGAAAACAAACAAACAACAUUCUCUAGUAUUUCUUGUUUUGGGAACUCUCUUCAAGAGUUGCUGAACUCUGAUUCCUUGGUCUCUCACAGUCAUAGUGAUGUCAUGAUGACGCAGUCAGACCCACUCAUAUCACAGGCCAGUGCUGCAGUCACCUCUCAGAACUCCCGCCUCCGCAAUGGCCUUAUGCUCCGUAAUGAUCCCAUGAUGUCAUCAUUCAGUUCUGUGCUAAAUGGACGAAGCACCCAUCUCCAGAACAAGCAACAUCAUCAGGCGUCCAGUGCCAAGGGUGCUUUGCGUUCCCUCUCCAACAACAGGGUGCAAAGUCUUGCUAAUGAUGCUAAUAAUUUAGUCUCUGCAAAGCAGCACCUCCAGCCACAACCCUCCAUGUUGAUGACUGAGACUUCACUUUACACUGGGCUGAAUGGAAGUAUUGGGAUGGGGAUCUGUCACCCCUCAGGAACAGACCGUUUUCCCUCAGACUUGGACCUGGACAUUUUUAAUGGGAGUCUGGAUUGUGAUGUGGAUUCGAUAAUCCGCUCAGAACUAAUGGACUCUGAUGGACUGGAUUUUAACUUUGAUGCAUUGGUGCAAAAUGCUGUUAGUCUGAAUCCUGUGGGAAACUUCACCGGGACAAAGCAGUCCAAUCAAAGUUGGAUACCCGGCUGACAGCAGUCACAUAGGCUCUGAACGGCAAAGAUAACAACAAACAAAAGAAUGAAAACCUGCACAAAAACCCUUCCAACACAGACUUGAAGUACCCUUUGCCAAGUAUGUUGCCUACAGCAAACACUGGAUGAUAUGCCUGUUUGCAGGACUAUCUGAUUGCAACAUCCUGAAGAACUUCACCUACAGUUCAAGACAAUUACAAUAGACUGCCCAAUGGAGAGACACAAAAUAUCAGUGAACUGACAGAUCAUUAUGCAACAUCAUGCAAUGAUUGAAAGAAUCCCAAGUCAUAAAAUAUAAUUGUUUUUUUUACGACAAACAGAGGCCUGUGGUAACUACUAUCAUUGAUAAAAGUAGUUUCCUUUGUUGGGUUCUCUAUAUUCUUUCUCUGUUUUCCCUAACAUAUAAAUGAUUGGUUAGUUUUGUCAUCUUCUAUGCACUAUCUGUGUUGUCAUUGGUCAAUAUAAGAAUACAGCUAAAAGGUUGAGAGUUAAAGCUGAAGUAUGUCACUUUUUCUGUUUAAAUACUUUCGCCUAUCCCAGCUUAAUAUGGUGAGAAAAUAUUAGUAAGCCAUUCAAAGGUUCAUUUUCUCGAAAACUAAAAACACAGUUUUUUUUUUUUAUUGCUCGGUUUGUUUUGAGCAACCCGACUAGACACAACAAUGUUACUCAACCAACAGUUUGAAUUAGGGGUGGGAAUAUCUCUUUGUUUGACAAACGUAUUCAGAAAGCUGUUUGUAAAACAACGUUUAUUUUUGCAAUUCCGUUGGGAGGUGCAAAAUUACAUACUUCAGCUUUAACCUGGAGAAUUUCGGAUGUAGAGCACUUCAUCCUGUGCUUUUAUUUUUAAUUCACUGUUACCAUACAGUAGUUAGUUACCAAUCUGAAAUAUAGUUGCCUCAUAACAAUACUGAAGUAAUAUGUUUUUGUGACAGAAUAUAACCAUAUAAGGAGUAAUUACUUGUGUGUGAUAUCUGUAACUGUACAAAAAAAAGAAAAGAAAAAAAAAGAGUGGUACAUUGAAAGCUUGUCAGGUGGAGGCAUCUUAUUUAGCCAGCAAAGUUAUGUCUGGACUUUUUGCAUUUAAAUGUAGCCAAAAGUAAUGAAUAAAUAAAUAUUUACUUGCA